AUGCUGCCCAGAGUGUGGGUGGGUGUGCUGCUGGCCGCCGCGCUGCUGGCUGCUGAAGCCGGCGCGCCGCCGGGCACCGACGACCCCAGCCACGCCAGCGAGCCCAGCGCCGCCAGCGCCGCCAGCGGGGCCGGCGACACCAGCGACGCCGCGCGCCAGCCGCACUCGCGCCAGAAGCGCGUGCUGUGGGUGACGAACGACGGCCGGCUGGCGCUGCCGCCGGGCACCUCGCUGGUGAUCACGCCCACGCUUUCGCUGCCCUUCGUGCGCUACCCGCCGCACGGCUUCCUCUCCAACAUGACCAUCAGUCUGCCCUUCACCAUCGAUUUCGACAAGCUGGGCCUGACGGACAACGAGAACCCGUACGGCGUGCUGCCGCCCAUCCUGGCGCGCAGCAUGGGCCGCAUGUCGGCGUCGCUGCUGGCCGACUACGUGGCCAAGGUGAUGGAGCGGCGGAGACUGCGACGCGCCAGUCACCCCCCGCCCACGCCGCCGCCCAACGCGAACUUCCACGGCGGGGAGAGGGCUUUGCUGUAUUCUGUAGUGGAAGAUUUUCUAGCAAAUUUUGGAAUGGAUGGCAGAGCAUGUUUACUUCGAGCCAUCUGUGAAGUUCAUGGACACCCACUUCAUGAAUUUGGGUUUCUUGGAGAAAUAAUCAAGUUAUUUUUCACAGCCAGCAAAUCACCAUUUGCUGAUCUUCUCACAGAGUAUGUGACUGCCGAACAAGCAGGAAAGGACCAUGGAGAGUGUUGGCCGUACUACAAAGACUGUCCCAAGUCUCUCUUCAGGUCAACACAAAAACACAAAUACAUGGAAGACACAUCAGCCCAUGAUGAAGAAGAAAAUGAAGUCUAUGAUGAUAUUCAUAGUGAUGAGGAAAGGACUUCAAAAGUGACAUUAGAAAAAUCAGAAGUUUCUUCAAAGGCUAUGUGAAAAUUACUGAAUGCCGCAAGUUGAAAAGUCAUCUCAUCAAUAUCUGCUACAUUAAUGUACUCUUUGAAAGAUUCACAAAGAAAAAAAAUAAUUUAUAUAUCACAAGUAAUGAUGCAGAUAUGUUGAAUUAAUGUGAGUCAUUAACACUUCAGUGGGAUGAGCAGAAUUGAAGAUCAAAGUGUACUUAACAACAUCCUGUUGAAUGUUAUAAAAUAGACUCUGUGUACAAAGCGGAGGUAUUGUGGAUCACUACAAGGGACUCGCAUACAACUGCAGAAAUGCAUACAGAGAAAGUGAUUGUAUAUUAUAAAAGAUUUGUGCUAUCCUGUGUUAGACAUAGAUUUAUGCUUUCAUGAUAAAACAUUCAUCGUUGGUCAAAAUGUUUUCUCUAGAGAGAUGAAUCAUGAAACUAUUCUGUAUUAUAGUUCAGCCUAAUUUUAUAACAGAAAGGCCUCAUUUUGACCAUUCAAUGAGACCAUAAUUUAUGAUUUUAAAAAUAAUUACAAACUCAUUAAAAGAAUGAUAAAUGAUCUUGUUCCAAUUUUUUCAUAAGUGCCAUUAUAAUGUAUGACAUCAAACAAAAUAUGUGUGAUUAAUCUAGAACCAACAAUAUCUGAGAAGAUAUUUUGUCAGCCCAUAAUUAAUUUCUCAUAAUAAUACAAAUAAUGCAUUAUUUGUGUUAAGAAAAGAUUUCAGUG